AUGACUGAACGAGAUUACGCUCCAUUAAGUUCGGCAUGUGUACGCGGCCUCUGCGACAAGUUCUAUGAUAAAAGAAAGUUUGCUGGUGUCGAAAUUGAAAAAAUGGUUAAAGACUUCAGUGAUGCUAACAACACCAAUCAAAUCAAACGUCUUAUUCGUAUUCUUGGCCAAGAUCUCAUGUCUUCUACGAACCCGAAUGUAAAGAAUGGAGCACUUAUGGGUCUUUCUUCAGUUGCAGUAGGUUUAGGAAAGGACUGUGUGCUGUACAUUAGUGAGUUGAUUCACCCAAUAAUUGCUUGCUUGGGCGAAAGUGAAGCACGUGUGCGCUAUGCUGCAACAGAAGCAUUGUUUAAUGUCCUAAAGAUUGCAAGAGAAGCUGCGCUAACACAUUUUCCUCUUGUUUUUGAUGCCCUUGCACGUCUUGCUGCAGACCCUGAGCUACAAGUUAGGCAAGGUGCAGAAUUGCUGGAUAGACUUGUCAAGGAUAUAGUGACUGAGAGCCCGAGCCUGGAGCUGUCGUGCGUGGUGCCGCUGGUGCGCGAGCGCAUGUAUACGCGCAGCGCGGCGGCGCGCCAGUUCGCGGUGGCGUGGGUGUCGGCGCUGGACGCGGCGCCGGCGCUGGGCCUGCGCGCGCACCUGCCCGACCUGCUCGACGGCCUCUUCACCGUGCUCGACGACCCCAACCCGGAGAUACGGCGCAUGUGCGACGUGCAGCUGAACGAGUUCCUGCGCGCCAUCAAGAAGGAGCCGGCGGAGGUGGACUUCCGCGCCAUGAUCAACAUCCUCAUCACGCACGCGCAGGCCUCCGAGGAGCUGCUGCAGCUGACGGCCAUCACGUGGCUGAAGGAGUUCUGCGAGCUGAGCGGGCGCGACGUGUUGCCGCACGCGUCCGGCGUGCUGCGCGCCGCGCUGCCCUGCCUCGCCUACACCGACGAGCCGCGCAAGAAGAUACGCGAGACCGCGGCCACGGUUAAUCUGCAGCUUACCAAACUGGUGUCUGACAUGGAACCCGGGGCGGAGCCCGAGGGGCGGGCAGGGGAGGCGGCGGCGGCGCCCGAGGGGCAGGCCGAAGGGCAGGAGGGGACGGAGCGCCUCGAGCUGGACGCCGUGGUGGAGGUGCUGACGCAGCUGCUGCACCACAACUCCGUGCACACUAAAGUGGCCACGCUAGAUUGGAUACUGCAUCUGUACAAUAAGUUGCCUCUUGAGAUGUCGGCGCAGACGGAGCGCGUGUUCGUGAGCGUGGUGGGCUGCCUCACCGACCCCGCCGACGACGCCGUGCGCCGCGCGCUCGCCGUGCUCGCCGAGAUCUGCUCGGGACCGCCGCCCGCCCCCGCCCCCGGCCCCGCCCCCGCCGCCGGCGACACCGCCCCCGCCCCCGCCGCCGCCCUCGGCGACGACGACGAAGUCUGCAGUGAUUUAGAAGCUAAUCCUUACUAUCAAAAGUUCCUAAAGGCGUUGUUGAGGCUGCUGGCCGCCGACGAAAAUCUGCUGGAAGAGAGGGGGGCCUUCAUUAUAAGACAGCUGUGCGUGCUGCUGGGCGCGGAGGCGGUGUACGUGGGCGUGGCGCGCGCGGGGGUGGGGGGCGGGCGGCGCGCGGCGGCGCGGCUGGCGGGCGCGCUGGCCACGCUGCUGCUGACGGCGGCGGAGCUGCAGCCGCUGCGGCGGCGGCUGCGCGCGGCGCCCGGCGGCCUGUUCCGCACGCUGUACCGCGCGUGGGCGCACAGCCCCGUGGCGCUGCUGGCGCUGUGCCUGCUCACGCACAACUACCGUCACUGCGCCGCUCUCGUCGCUACUUUCGGAGACCUGGAGAUAACUGUGGAGUUUCUGACAGAAAUAGAUAAAUUAGUUCAAUUAAUAGAAUCCCCUGUGUUUGCGUACCUGCGGCUGGAGCUGCUGGGCGGCGAGGGCAGCGCGGAGCUGCGCGCGGCGCUUUUCGGCUUGCUCAUGCUGCUGCCGCAGAGCGAGGCCUUCCACGCCCUGCGCCGCCGCCUGCACUGCGCGCCGCCCGCCCCCGCCCACGGCGCGCCGCCCGCCCCCGCGCCCGCCCCCGCCCACGGCGCGCCGCCCGCGCCCGACCCCUUCCCCGAGCUGCUGGAGGAGUUCCGGCGCGUGCAGGCGGCGCACCGCAACGACCUGCUGCUGGAGCGCCGCGUGUCGCGCGCGCGCACC